AUGGCGUCCUCCCUCGAUCUGAUCCAACACUAUGCGCAGACUGCGCUAACGCAGCUACCCGUUCCGGCACAGCAAUUGUUGCAGAACCCGAUCGCCCAGAAAGCUGCGGCGGCAGUUGUCGCCCUCGGAGUGGUGCGCUCAAUCAACAACUUCCUAACACAACGGAGCCUAAAUAACUGGGUGUCAAGCGACCCAUGGGACCCUUCCCGGGAGCUCAUUCUCCUGACAGGUGGAUGCAGUGGUAUCGGCAAGCAGGUCAUGGAGGACCUAGCGCGGACGGGUGUGCGCGUAAUCAUUCUCGAUAUCAACGAGCCCAAUUUCAAGCUACCCGCCAACGUCACCUUCUACCGGGCAAACAUCACCAGCUCGGCAAAUAUCACAGAGGUCGCCAAGGCCAUCCGUAGUGACCACGGCGAGCCAACAGUGUUGAUCAACAAUGCCGGCGUUGGUUACGAGUGCACGAUUCUCGAAGAGUCUGAGCAGCAGAUCCGGAACACAUUUGAAGUCAACACGAUCUCGCAUUUCCUCAUGGUGCGUGAGUUCCUCCCGGCUAUGAUCCGUGCCAACCACGGUCACGUCGUGACACUGGCCAGUAUGGCCAGCUUCGUCGGGCUGAGCGAAUUGGCCGACUACUGCUGCACCAAGGCCAGCGCCCUGGCAUUCCACGAGUCUCUGCGCCAAGAGUUGCGUCUCUACUAUAAGGCACCCAAAGUGCGCACAAGUAUUAUCCACCCCUUCUGGGUCCGUACUCCAAUGAUCACAGUUCUCACCGAUUACGAGAAGGAAUUCGGUCAGCCUAUCAUGAGCGUCCAGACCGUGUCAGACGCCAUUUGCAAGCAGAUCCUGAACCAGAACAGCGGACAAGUAAUCCUGCCCGCCAGCAAGACGGUUGCCCGCCUGGUACGAGGCUUUCCUCUGUGGUUGCAGGAAUUUAUUCGUGGCAAGGAGUCCGAAAAGUUGAAAGUCUUGCGUGAUGUCCAGCUCCUUGCGGAGAAGGCUGCUGCGGAGGCCGCGAACAAGAAAUCGUAA